GUCACUCACGCGAGAUUUCCCUCAAACUGUCAUGGCUGCGGUGCAGAAGCUUCAGAAGUGUGCCGUGUCUCCGGCGGGGAAACACACUGCCUCGGUUAUCUUCCUGCACGGCUCAGGCGACACUGGACGGGGGCUGAGAGCCUGGGUUCGAGAUGUGACUGAGCCGGAUCUGUCCUUCAACCACAUCCGGAUCAUUUACCCCACAGCUCCAGCUCGGCCGUACACCCCUAUGCGAGGGGCUCUGUCUACUGUUUGGUUUGACCGUCACAAGAUCUCGAGGGACUGCCCCGAGGACCGAGAGUCCAUAGACGACAUGUGCAACUCUCUGGGGUUAAUCAUUCAGGGCGAGGUCAACGCUGGGAUCCCCAAACACAGGAUCGUCAUCGGGGGGUUCUCGAUGGGCGGAGCCAUGGCGCUCCACCUGGCAUGUCGGUACCACCCUGAUGUAGCGGGAGUUUUUGCACUUUCCAGCUUCCUCAACAAGGACUCUGCUGCUUAUCAGGCAGUGGAGGAGCGCCUCGGAGCAGACCUGCCCCUCCCUGAGUUGCUCCAGUGCCAUGGAACCAAGGACGACCUGGUGCUCCAUCAGUGGGGGGAGGACACCUCCGAGCUGCUGAAGAAGGCUGGCAUGGCCACCACCUUCCACUCCUUCCCAGGCCUGCACCAUCAGCUGUCCACGCCCGAGAUGGAGCUGCUGAGGGGCUGGAUCCUCAAAAAGAUUCCCCCCCUCACCUCCUCCUGACUCACCCUACCUCUUUUUUUCUCACAGAAUGUAUUAUUUUGUGUGUCUUUUUUUAAGUUUGCCAUGUUUGUAUGUCAUUUAUUAAAUGUGUAACUCAUAUAGAGCGACUUAAUCAGCGGUUAUUCAACAUUAAUGGGGUUAUACGUGCAUAUAUGUAGAGCAGUGAGUGUACUGAGUCUCAGAGUGCAGAAACAGGACAGCUGUGACAGGAGUGGUCCGGCAGUAAGAUUUAACAGUGGCCCCUCCCGAAUUAAGAAUAUACCGAAUAGUGAGUUUCACAUUGAACAUCUGACGGCCAUGUCUGAUCAAUCUAGUCAUGGGAAAGUGUUUUGAAAGACAAAACAAGUACAUUUUUAGUUAUAUAGCUGCACAUAUAAUAGAGGUUAUCUCAAGACCUUUUUUAUAAAGAGCAGGUGCAGACCUUAAUAUUUGAAUGUGCCUUGAAAAGUCAAAAAAGGGAACAUGAUAGAUUUGAGUGUUUUCAAAGUGUGAGGCUGAGAAUGAGCAUAUAGUUUUUCAGAUCUGUGAUACAGAGGCAAAGAUAGUACUAGCCUGUUAUUGCGCACCUGCUACUCAAUGUGAAGAGAGGCACAUGAUGAAACUAGAGAAUGCAAUUCCUGAAAAAAUUGCGAGUGGGAAUGCUUUAUGCUGAAAA